UGCAAAGACUGUCAGACAGAACCAUAAAAAUGGCAGAAGACAUCACCAGACAGCAAAUUAAAGACAUCAAUUCAGCUGUGGCCUACUCAAUUGCCUGUGAUGAAUCUAAAGACAAAGGUGAUAUUGAACAAAUAGCGCUGUUCUGCCGGUAUGUAAACUCUGCUGGGCCACAGGAAGAAAUUAUUGAGUUGAUACCACUAAAAGGCCAAACACGGGGGGAGGACAUCUGUGAGGCUGUCUUGAAUUGUUUAAGAGCCAAAGGAAUAAACACCACCCACCUGGUAUCAGUGGCUACUGAUGGAGCACCAAGUAUGACAGGAGCGCAGAAGGGCUUUGUGGCUUUACUGCAGAAGUCGCUGGACAGAAAGCUGCUGACUUUUCACUGCAUCCUGCACCAAGAGGCACUGUGUGCUCAAACAUUUCCUCCGGAAUGCACAGAAGUAAUGAAUGUUGUCAUUCAGAUUGUCAAUAAAAUAAUGGCAAAAGGUUUAAAUCACCGUCAGUUCCGUUCGUUACUGGACGAACUGGAAAGCACAUAUUCUGAUCUCCAGCCGCACAACAAAGUCCGGUGGCUGUCCAGAGGGGAGGUGCUGAAACGCUUUGCCGCGUGUCUGGAAGAAGUGAAAACUUUCCUGGGCAGCAAAGGGCUCACAUUUCCUGAUCUGGAACAGCCAGAGUGGCUGGAAAAGCUACACUUCAUGGUAGACAUGACAGCGCACCUGAACACGCUGAACACAGCUCUUCAGGGGAAAGGACGCACAGCCCUGCACAUGCUGGAGGAGGUUUUGGCAUUCGAGCGCAAGUUGACAGUGCUUGCCAGAGAUUUACAGAAAGGUACACUGUCACACUUCCCCAAUUUGAGAGAGUUCAAAGAAGCUCACAUGAUAAAUUCGGAGUAUUUACAUUCUGCAAUCAUCGCAAUGCAAACAUCGUUUGGGAAACGAUUCUGUGAGUUCAGAGAGGAAAAACCACAUUAUCCUUCCCUAUCACUCCCCUAAGCCUCGAUCCAUCCCUGCUGAAUACGACUGCAUUGGCAGGUGUGAGUCAACCUGAUCUUGAGAUGGAACUGGCCGACAUAGCCGACAAAGACAUAUGGGUGUCCAAGUUUAAACGCUUGACAGCAGACCUUGAAGAUGUUGCCCGUCAGAAGGCCGUUCUUGCUCAGAAUCACAAAUGGCGUGAUAUUGAAAACCUCCCCAAAACGGACCAACUUGUGUUCGAAACUUGGAAUGCUAUCCCCGACGUUUAUGUGAACAUGAAAAAGUAUGCACUUGGAGUCCUGUCGAUCUUUGGAUCCUCACAGAUGACAGCUUACGAUCCUGUGUGAAGAUGAAGGUGACGGCAUACAGCCCUGAUGUGCAGACGCUGUGCGCUGAGGUUCAGGAGCAGAAAUCACAUUAACCAAGUUGACAGCUGACUGCACGCGCCAGUAAAAGGAUGACGGCACACAGAGAGAGGACGGCAUUUUUGGUUUGCCUGACGGUGGAUAAUUUAAGUUCAGCGUUUUUUUUUCAUAAAUACAAGAAGGACUCAAAUAGACAUUGAGUAUUUUACUUGAAAGUAACCUUCAACCCAACGUCAACGUCUUUUUUUCGGAGCUCAAAAUGUUUUGUUGCAUGCAGAAAUGUAAUUUUGUUUUCUCUGCAGUCGUUCAUUGAUUU